UUUUUGUAUCUCUCCAUGGCCCAAAGCAUCUCUAAUGCUAACACACUGGAAAACGGCAAUAUCAUAUACCGUGUACUAGGCAUACUCGCCAACCAAGUGAUGACUGACGAGCUCACCAUUUUCAAGUACCACGAACUCCUUAACUAUGCCUGCGUAUGCCGCCUAUGGAUGGAUGUCCUGAAACACCCUCUUUCCCAGACCAUUAUCGUCCAGAGCAGAACCAAGCCCAACGAGCGAGCCACCGAAGAGGCCCACCAGAAAUACCAAUGGGCAUCCAACAUUCCCUUUAUCACGUCCUCGGGCAUGUGCAGCAAUGCAAAGGCAAUGUAUGUUGUUGGUGUCCAACUAACCAUGCUGUUCUACUUCCACGAGACUCUACAGAACCAGGGGUUUGAUAGUGGCCAAUGGACUAGUGUAGAAAGCAUUGCCUUUACCGGGAGCUUCUACUAUAGGUUGUAUGACCGGGAAUACAGCUAUGAGGAUGCCGUCUGCGAUUAUAUCAUGGACAGGAUGCCUAAUAUAGCCAAGGUAGAAAUACUCAUCGAUCAACCAAUUCGCUUUGUAUACCGUUUGCAUGGUGAGCUCAAUAAGCGUAUUGCCAGUAGUCAGUAACCGGAUUUACUUGAAAACCAGUAGCCGCCAUUUCCAACCAAGUCGCUAUUAAAUAUUUACCUAUGACACUCAUAUCUAUCAGCAUUGUUCGUUUUUAUUACAUGUACGCAGUUUAUUUGGUGACCAUUGGGCUGCAAACACCGCCUACAUACAUUACUAUCGCU